UAGGACUAUGCCUGCCUCCAAACGUUCUCAAAAACGUGGCUCACCUGCAAAGGCUCGUCCAAAAGGAGAAGGCUUGACUCCAUACCAAGGGAAAAAACGCUGCUUUGGUGAAUAUAAGUGCCCCAAAUGCAAGAGAAAAUGGAUGAGCGGCAACUCGUGGGCCAACAUGGGACAAGAAUGUAUCAAGUGCCAUAUUAACGUUUAUCCUCACAAGCAGAGACCCCUGGAAAAACCCGAUGGGCUGGAUGUCUCGGAUCAAAGCAAAGAACACCCUCAGCAUCUCUGUGAGAAAUGUAAAGUCCUGGGCUACUACUGCCGCCGGGUGCAAUAAAGGAACCCAUGGAGACUGCAAUAAAGAAGCCCAUGGAAGAAACCCUGUGGCAGCACUCAAUGGCCAAAAGGGAAGGAGGAGGACCCAUCAUCUUAAGAACCUUCAUCCAUCACCAAUAUUGCCUAACCUAAUCAUAUGCUUUUCCUUUAACUGAAUGUAACACUUCUCCCUGUGCGCCUACGGACGUACAACUUGUAUCUAUAGGUCUAUGUGGUGUUAUGUGUAUUCCUUCCUUAAGGGUCUCACAAAACAAGCCAUGUUAACAUGGGUGGAGACCAACUGGCCACUGGCUCUUACUGGACUAUGCCCGCCAUACUCACGAUGGAUACUCACCAGUACGGUGGUUUUCCGCUGAUUGUUUACAGAAUUCCAGUAUUUUACUCCAAGCGAACUAGUGUUGUUGGUUCCAGAGAGACCUGUUAAGGUCAGGAACAUAUGCUUGGAUGAAUUAAGGAGUUGAAGGAUGGGGUGGGAACAGGCAGGCAUGACUCAAAAUGCAUUUUAUGGGGCGGUAUAUAAAAUCUAAAUGCUAUUGAUCAGUCCUCUUUUAGCUAAUGCUGCCAGCUAAAAUUCUUGAAAAGCUAAGAUCUUAAGAGGUAUUACAAGGAUGUGAUGCAAACAUUCAGCGUUCUUGGCGGUGGAGAUAGCUUGGAAGUCCUACCGGCUCGCUUGCUUUCCAAGAUGGAAUCCUCUAAAGCUAUCAGGCCUGAGCUAUAAGGGAAGAAUGAAGGAUGUGAUGCAAAUAUCCAUUUUUCUUGACUAGGGACGUGGUUUGGAAGUUCUGCCAGCUUGCUUGCUUUCCAAGACUCUUGCAGGGCCACCGAAGAGAGGUUUUUGGUGAGCUUCAGGUUUUUGUUUUGG